AUGGCGUCCUCCUCCACCAGCACGCCGCUGCUCUAUUCCUGCAUCGCCCACAACAGCACCAUCCUCACCGAGCACACCGCCUCCGCCUCCUCCCAAACCUCCUCCCUCGCCUCGCUCAUCCUCCCCAAGAUCUCGCACGCCUCCCCGCAGAAGCUCACCUACACCCAUGGCCAACACUUCAUCCACUACAUCUCGAGCGCCGCCUCCGAAUACCCGGCCUCGCAGUCCACCGCCGGCGGCCUCGCCUACCUCGUCAUCGCCAGCUCGAGCCUCGGCCGGCGCGUGCCGUUCGGCUUCCUCGUCGAGAUCAAGAAGCAAUUCCUCGCGCAGUACGACCCGGCGCGGACCGACUUCGCGUCGCUUCCCGCCUACGGCGCGGCCGCCUUCAACGGCACGCUGCGCCGGCUGAUGGUCGACAUGGGCGCCUCCGAGGAGGGCCAGAACGACGCGAUCCGCAACGUGCAGACCGAGAUCGCCGGCGUGCGCGAGAUCAUGACGGAGAACAUCGAGCGCGUGCUCGAGCGCGGCGAGCGCAUCGACCUGCUCGUCGACAAGACGGACCGCCUCGGCGGCAACGCCCGCGACUUCCGCGUCCGCUCCCGCGGCCUGCGCCGCCGCAUGUGGUGGAAGAACGUCAAGCUCAUGGUCCUGCUCGUCGUCGUCGUCGUUUUCCUCAUCUAUCUCUUCGUCGGCUUCGGCUGCGGCCUGCCCGGUGAGUAG